AAUGACUUUGUGCCAUUUUUUUUCAUUUUUAUGCUAUUAGUUUGUAUUGUAUUAAAUGAUGGUUAAUUUGAAAUAUUAUUUUUAUUUUUGUUUCUUGUGUUUUUGCAGGAGAGAUGUCUCAACAUAAUAUAUGGAGGAGCAACUCAAGAACAUAAUACGCAAAUGUGAGGACGAUGAGAAAGUGGCUCGAACCUGCCUCUCCAUGGGAUUUACUCAUAUUGAUCCGCGGCUUCACCAAAUGUUGUUUGCUGAUAGAAAUUAUAAAGGCGGUGGAUUGACAACUAAGGUUGACUAUUCUCCAUCCUUCAAACCCAAGAUCACAGUUGAGAGUUGUGAGGACAAGGAUACUCAGUUGUUACUGUCCGGAGCAAAGAUCGUGCUAAGCUGUUGUUUGACAUUGUCUGCACGUUCGCAGACAUGCAGUACAUUGGUUUUCAAGCCACCAUCUCAUCAGAUGGCCCCUACGCAACACAGAGCAAUCAGAUGUCCAUUCCAGGAGUAUUAUAUUCGCCAUAUGGAUGGCAAGAAAGGGUCAUCAAAUGUCUGGAAGCUGCAAUUCAUAGUAGAGGGUCUAAGUCUGGAGCUCUGCGCGAAGGAUAGAGUUGGAUUACUUUCAGAAGUGACACGGAUUUUGCGAGAGAAUGGAUUGUCAGUCACAAGAGCUGAUGUCACAACAACUGGGGAGAAAGCAGUGAAUGUCUUCGACAUGUGAGAGGCUCUACGGAAUCCAGUAGAUAUGAAGACUGUUGAGGCACUAUGUAAAGAAACUAGGCACACUAUGAUCCUCAAUGUCAAGAAAGAUCCUACCAGUGCCAAAGAACCUGAAGUCAGUAGAUGGGCUAAAACAAUCUUCUUCUUUGGAAACUUGCUGGAGAAGUUCUUAGCUUGGAAAACAUGUGCAUAUAUGGCUGUGACAGAAACUCUUAAGUGUAUAGAAUAAUCAAAGCUUUCCCAUUCCAAACACGGUGCGUGGGAAAGUUUGUCAUUACUGGAGGCUGUGGAACAUGAUGCUUGCAGACCAUGAAAACCUUGAACUCUGUAAAAGCUUGUCUGGUGUUAAAUUUUAUUUUGUUACUGUAACUAAAUUGUGCUUUACAUU